AUGAUGAGACACACUGAAGCUUUGCUCAAUAUUUUUGUGUUCCAGGAGUUGAACUAUGCAGACAUCAAUUUUUCAAAAAGCGGCAAAGGAGGAAGAGUCCAGCUGAGAUUAGAAGAAACUUCAUCAGACUAUGCCCAGGUCAGAGUGAACCACAGUCAGUCUGCAGCAGCCUUCCCUCCCACCUAUGAUGCCCACAUGCAGCGAGCAAGGAGGCCAAGAGAGAAGAAGAGCUCUGCCAUGGCACCGAAGUGGAUGGAUCUUUGCUGGGCCCUUCUGGUGACGGUCAUGAGUACACCAGGUUCAGGCACAACUCUGCAGAUCUCGUGGUCGGGCAGUGUGAUCGCUGGUCACCCCACCACAUUCACCUGCUUGGCCUCUUGUUUUCCAAACUGCGUCUACACCUGGAACUUCAGGGGAAGGGCGCACAAUGGGAGCACAUUAACUUGGACACCGGAUGGACUAGAAGACACAGUGGAACUGGAGUGUGUUGUUUUCAAUCCAGAAACACAAGUCUACUCCACAACUACCACCACAGUCCAAAUUAAGAAUCGACUGGCUGUACAAGUCAGUCCUCCAAACAGUGUUCCGUCUCUUAAAAAAUCACUGACUCUUGUUUGCCAUAAUGCUGCAAACAGUGACCCUGAAGGUCCGUCUGAAGUGGUCUGGUACAAAGACGGGCAGAGACUGAGCUUGCAUGAAAACAUGCAGCUCCAGAGAAACAACCUCUCUCUUCACUUGGACUCACUGCUGCCCUCCAAUGCUGGUUUCUACCUCUGUGAAACUCAUUCACCCCCUCUGCAUACAAGCAUUUUCAGCUUGGGCUAUCUACUGAGCUUUGAUCCGUGGAACGUCAGCAUCAGUGGACCAGACUCUGUAUAUCCAGGCAGAUUAAGUCAGUUCACCUGUCUCACCAGCUGCACCCUGAAUGUUGAAUGCACCGUCAGGUGGGAAUUCAGAGGAGGUUUCCCCAUUGGAAGCUUCUUUUCCGUAAACGCAAACAAGCUCAGGUGGACUCCUUCAAUUCCUGGGACUGUUCAAAACUUCACCUGCGUUGCACAAAACACAGCAGCCGGACGCUCGGCUGAGGCCACCAUAACUGUAGAGGUUAACGGAAUACUGCUGUCCGGAUCAGAAGCUACACAGCUCAGCCCACUUUUUUCAGUGAUCCUUGCUGCUGGACUUCAGUUUCUUUUUUAUUUAUAAUGGCCUUUAGCUUUUCCCCUUGUUGAGUAUGAAUUUAGUUUUUUUUUUAACUUAUUAUCUAUCAUUAACAAUAAAAAA